ACCAAAAGUGUUUUUUGCACAAAUGUAAUAAUAUAAAGUAGUCAGACCACAUCAAGCUGAGUCUAUUUAUACAUUCAAUGAAAUCUUGAGAUGAAUUUUGUCUAAGCUGCUUUAAGAGUAGUAAUCAAAAGAAUAUCACUCGCGACUGUUGUGUAAAACAUGUAAAUACGAAAAUACGCAAUGUGGAUUCGUGUAGUGAUUGUGGCUAUAAUUAUUAUUCGUGUGCAUGCAGCGAGUAAUUCUGAGGGGUUUGUUCGCCCGCAUCAAAGAAAAUGUAAUUUUAGUGACGAGUGUACAGAUGAAAAAUACCACAAAUAUAAUAUAUUAAACACGUCGAAAAACAACGCUGGAUCAAAGAACAAUAAAGCUGACAUACAAGUAUAUCAUUCUGGACUAAUAAACAAUGAAGUUGACCCACCAAUAAAUAAUUCUGAAUCAAUUAACAAUGAAGCACCAAUAAAUACUUCUGCAUCAAAGAACCAUAAAACUAAUUCACCAGUAAAUAACUCUGGACCAAUGAACAAUGAAACCCACUCACCAGUAAAUAAUUCUGGUUCAAAGAACAAUGAAGCUCACUCACCAGUAAAUAAUUUUGGAUCAAAGAACAAUGAAGCUCACUCACCAGUAAAUAAUUUUGGAUCAAAGAACAAUGAAGCUCAGUCACCAGUAAAUAAUUUUGGAUCAAAGAACAAUGAAGCUCACUCACCAGUAAAUAAUUUUGGAUCAAAGAACAAUGAAGCUCAGUCACCAGUAAAUAAUUCUGGAUCAAAGAACAAUGAAACUCACUCACCAGUAAAUAAUUCUGGAUCAAUGAACAAUGAAGCUUACUCACCAGUAAACAAUUUUGGAUCAAAGAACAAUGAAUCUCACUCACCAAUAAAUAAAUCUGGAUCAAAGAAAAAUAGAACUCACAAACCAGUAAAUAAUUCUGGAUCAAAGAACAAUGAAGCUCAUUCACCAAUAAAUAAUUCUGGAUCAAAGAAAAAUAGAACUCACAAACCAGUAAAUAAUUCUGGAUCAAAGAACAAUGAAGCUCACUCACCAGUAAAUAAUUCUGAACCAAUUAACAAUGAAGCUCACUCACCAAUAAAUACUUCUGCAUCAAAGAACCAUAAAACUAAUUCACCAGUAAAUAACUCUGGACCAAUGAACAAUGAAGCUCACUCACCAGUAAAUAAUUUUGGAUCAAAGAACAAUGAAGCUCACUCACCAAUAAAUAAAUCUGGAUCAAAGAACAAUGAAGCUCACUCACCAAUAAAUAACGCUGGAUCAAAGAACAAUAAAGCUGACAUACAAGUAUAUUAUUCUGAACUAAUGAACAAUGAAGUUGAAUUACAAGUAAAUAAUUCUGAACCAAUUAACAAUGAAGCUCACUCACCAAUAAAUACUUCUGCAUCAAAGAACCAUAAAACUAAUUCACCAGUAAAUAACUCUGGACCAAUGAACAAUGAAGGCCACUCACCAGUAAAUAAUUCUGGAUCAAAGAACAAUGAAGCUCACUCACCAGUAAAUAAUUUUGGAUCAAAGAACAAUGAAGCUCACUCACCAGUAAAUAAUUUUGGAUCAAAGAACAAUGAAGCUCACUCACCAGUAAAUAAUUUUGGAUCAAAGAACAAUGAAGCUCAGUCACCAGUAAAUAAUUCUGGAUCAAAGAACAAUGAAACUCACUCACCAGUAAAUAAUUCUGGAUCAAUGAACAAUGAAGCUCACUUACCAGUAAAAAGACGAGUAAAAAAAGGUCUACUACCUUAUUAUAUAAUUCUUCAUUCGUUGUCAUAUGAUCCAUCUAAAACUGACUCACGAUCAAAAGAAAAUUCAAUUUCGACGGAGAUGGGAAUUCGAAGAAAAAAAGGUCCAUUAUAUUACAAUGAAACCACACGCUUGUGUCCCAAUGGCACCGUAUGUCCAAGAAAAUGCUGUAAUAUCGGAAAAAAUUUUGACCUGUCGAACCAAAAAUGUAGUCGAGCAGAACAUAGUCAAUUUGACAGCCUUAUUAUACCUAUAUGGAAGGUGAAGGAAUACGACAAACUAAAAAAAAAUGUUCAAUACUCAAUCGGACACAGGUUAACAUGUUUAAGAGAAUUAAAAGAGGAACGGACACUUGUGACUGACAUUACCACAGAAUUUUGGCUCACAUCUGAUGGUAAAUUGGAAGUAGAAACCCCUUUGGUAAUUGGCCCACAGCUGACCUAUAAUACAGACAAAUACUGCAUUGACAUAUUUACUUAUAAUCAAAAUAUUACCAGAAUCAACGCUUUCAUUUGUCAUGUCAAUGAGGAAAUAGAAACAUACGACUUAAUACUGACCGGUUCUUGUUACUUGAUUACUAGUUUCUUCGUUAUCCUGAGAGUAUCCGUAAUCGCGUGGCUACCAGAACUUCGAACACUUCACGGUUUGACCAUUGUAGCCUACCUCGGAAAUUUCGUUGUGAGUUAUACAUUACUGGGAAUUGAGAAAUUAUUAAUGUUGGUACAACACAUCAAACGAGACACAUGCGUCGUUUUUAAUUUCAUUAUCUACUUUGGCAUUAUGUCUGCAUUCUUUUGGCGUAACGUUUUGUGCUUCGACAUGUGGAAGGCGUUCAGUGGCAAGCGCAUUAUUCCAAGAAAUAAUCCAAUCUUGCUUCCACGUUUACGCGCGUACUUUGCGUACGCGUACGGUGUCCCGGCAGGGCUUACUAUUAUACUUAUUGCAAUGGAGUACUCCGAUAUUUCUGAUCCCUAUUCCCUGAAACCGAACCUUCGAUUAAAAGGAUGCGCCAGCCUCAGUGGCAAUGGUGCGCUGCUCUACCAUUUUAUACCAUUAAUAACAUUAUUCAUCGCCAACAUAGUGAUGUUUACUUCAACUGCACUGAAGAUUGCGGCGACGACAAAACAGACCAAAAUUUUAUACGAGUCGCAGAAUAAUGCUAUCAAUACUAUAAACACAGAAAGACGAAGGUUUUUACUUUACGUGAAGCUUUGGGCAGCCAUGUUGAUCUUAGAAGUCAACUGGAUAGUAAGGGCAGUGGUACGUUUUUUCCCAGGACUUGAAAUAAUCAUCCUCAUCGUUGACGUGUAUAACACAUUCGUCCUUCUAGGAAUAAUAAUCCAUUACUUCUGUCAAAAAAGAAAUUGGGAAAAAUUUAAAAAGAGAUACCAAUUAAUGAGAGGUAUUUCAGUAUCAGAACAGAAUUCUACAGGGCAGUUAUCAAAUCGCACGACGUCAACCUCUAGCGUAUCCGGAAUGGGUUCGCAAAUAUCUGUCUGGACAACAGUUACAUCUGCCUCCACGACAGCUGCAUCAGACUAUGAACUGAACCCAUUAAGCCUCGUCCGCACUAGGAAUAUUGGUCAAGACAUCGGGCGAUGUCGCACGACGUUGGGCGACAUCGGACGACAUUGCCACAGCAUUGUUGAAACUGUUCUUUGUCGCGCAGUCAACAAUGUCGCGGCGAUGUCGUCCGACGUCGCCCAACGUCGUCCGACAUCGCCCGAUGUCUCUGGGGACACAUGUUGCUCGACAAAUGUUCAUAGUGGAAACGAAAUAACGAAUAGCAACCGCUACUUAGAUAACAUAACAAAAUAGCUACCUACUACUUAAGUUUUAUAAGAAUAUUAACUGUAGGAACGAAUAAAAUAAAUAACGAUUUAAUAAUUUUGUUAUAUUUAAUAAAUAAUAUUGUUACUAGAAUUAA